AUGUACAACCUCAAGUUCCUCAUCGCCGCCGUCAGCUGUCUCGGGCAGGCCCUUGCAGCUCCCACUCCCACCACCAACUCCAUCAACCGCAGCUUCAACAAGCGUGCUUCCCUUGAGGACUCUGCCUUCGGCUAUGCUAGCUUGAACGGCGGUACUACCGGCGGUGCCGGCGGUGCCACCACCACCGUCUCCUCCUACGCCGAAUUCACCGCCGCUGUCGAGGGUGACGACCCCAAGAUCGUCAUUGUCAGCGGUCCCAUCGAGAAGACCGCCGACCAGGUCGACGUCGGUUCCAACACCUCCAUCAUCGGAAAGGACGCCACCGCCGUCCUGACCGGCUUCGGUCUCCGCCUCAAGAGGGUCGAGAACGUCAUCAUCCGUAACCUGGGUAUUUCCAAGGUUCUCGCCGACAGCGGUGAUGCCAUCGGUGCUGAGUACUCCAACAACAUCUGGAUCGACCACGUCGACGUCUCCAGCGACCGCGACCACGACAAGGACUACUACGACGGUCUCCUCGACUUCAAGCGCGGCUCCGACUACAUCACCGUCUCCAACACCUUCAUCCACGACCACUGGAAGGCCUCUCUCGUCGGCCACAGCAACAGCAACGAGGAUGAGGACAAGGGCCACCUGCACGUCACCUACGCCAACAACUACUGGUUCAACAUCAACUCCCGCGGCCCCUCCGUCCGCUUCGGUACCGCCCACAUCUACAACAACUACUUCCUGAGCGUCAGCGACGGCAUCAACACCCGCAUUGGCGCCCAGGUCCUCGUCGAGGGCAACACCUGGGUUGAUGGCAAGAAGGCCCUCUACUCCACCGAUGAGGGCUACGCCGUCGAGCGCAACAACGACUUCGGUGGCGCCAAGAACGAGGCUGAGGAGGGUACCCUGACUUCCGUUGACUACGACUACGACCUCAUUGAGGCCUCCGCUGUUGAGGGCGCCGUUGUUGGAACUGCUGGGCAGACUCUUGUUUUCUAA